AUGUGUGAUAUAAACGACAAUCCCAUUAAAUUAAGUGUUAAAUGGAAUGGCAAAGAAUAUGAUAUACCGGAGCUGUCGCCUUCAGACUCCGUAGCAAUGCUCAAGAUUGCCAUCGAAAAUGCCACGGGUGUUCGACCGGAAAGACAAAAACUUCUCAAUGUUAAAUUUCAGGGCAAAGUAGCAACCGACAACUACACAUUAUCAGAUCUAAAUCUGAAACCAAAUUUGAAGAUUAUGAUGAUGGGAUCUUUAGAGGAAGCUAUAGAAGGGGCUCGGACUAAGCCUGAUGUUGGGGAUGAGGUUAUUAAUGAUUUAGAUAUAGAAGAAGAAGAAGUUGACGUGGAAAACCAAGAGAUUUACCUAGCUAAAAUAAAUAAGAGAGUGCGUGAUUACAAGAUAAAUGUUUUAAAUGAACCUAGACCUGGAAAGAAACUGCUUGUACUAGAUAUAGACUACACACUGUUUGACCAUAGAUCAGUGGCUGAGACUGGCUAUGAACUAAUGCGACCAUUCCUACAUGAAUUCCUAACUUCGGCUUACGAAGACUACGACAUUGUGAUAUGGUCAGCGACUGGCAUGAAGUGGAUAGAAGAGAAAAUGAGGCUCCUUGGUGUAUCCACGCAUCAGGACUACAAAAUUAUGUUCUAUUUGGAUUACUUGGCCAUGAUCACUGUUCACACAGCCAAGUAUGGAACUAUCGAUGUAAAGCCACUAGGUGUUAUUUGGGGAAAAUACCCUCAAUACAGUUCCAAGAAUACAAUAAUGUUUGACGACAUUAGAAGAAAUUUCAUUAUGAACCCUAAAAGUGGACUUAAAAUCCGACCGUUUAGACAAGCCCAUCUAAAUAGAGACAGAGAUAGGGAGCUAUUGCACCUAUCUACGUAUUUAAGGGAUAUCGCCCAGUACUGUGAAGACUUCGACCAGUUGAAUCACAAGAAAUGGGAGAAGUACAAGCCCGACAAGAACAGGACCCAACACGCAGGAAGUAAACGAAAAGCCGAGGAUAGUGCGCCGUCCACACCAAAAGAAUGA